AUGCCUGAACAAAUCCUUGCGGGAAAGACAUGUCUCGUCACUGGCGGUGGCGGCGGCCUAGGCAAAGCAAUUGCAACCCAAUUCCUCGAAGCUGGCGCCAACGUUGUAAUCUGCGAUGUGAACGAGGAACACCAACGAAGUGGAGAGCCUUUUGAAACGCUGAUUGGCGAAUUCGGCAAAAUUGAUGUCCUGAUCAACAAUGCUGGCAUCAUGGACCGCUUCGACCCAAUUGGCGAUCUGGACAUGGAGCUUUGGGAUCGCAUCAUGGCGAUUAAUCUCACUGCCCCGGCUUUGCUGAGCAAAUUGGCUGUCCGCAACAUGCUGGCGCAGCCGAAGCCUGAUGGGCGCAUUAUUAAUAUUGUCUCGGUUGCCGGAAAGGCUGGAUGGGCUAGUGGUGCUGCCUAUACUGCCAGCAAGCACGGUCUUGUCGGAUUGACUAAGAAUACUGCUGCGUACUACGGCAACAAGGGCAUCAAGUGCAACGCUUUGAUGAUGGGUGGCAUGGAAACCAACAUUGCUGAUGCGCUUAGCAAUGGGAUGCAUAUGGAGGGUUAUGAGAAGAUGGUAAAUAUCCUCAAUUCCAUUCAAGCUCCCCACGUCGAUGUGAAUGAGGUUGCUGGGUUCUGUGUGAACAUGACAUAUGGAAAGGGUGCUGGUCAGAUCAACGGCGCGAGCAUCGCUAUUGAUAAUGGCUGGACAUCUAUUGUUGGGUAA